GGUGCCUGUACCCACUCCAGAAAUUAACUUUGUGGGGGAGGCCAUAGGAACAUUUAUUGCCUGGCCUAGAGCAUUGAUCAUGUCCCACAUCGCGACUCCACAGUUCACACGUCCUCAGAAGCAGCCAAUUCAUGAUACAGUCAUACAUGAAGAUGAUGACAUGGCUGAAGCAGAGGAUGAUCCUAUAUCAAAGUUAGUGACAAAAUUACCCAGAUUGAAGAAAGCAUCAUUACAACUAUACUGGGAUUUGAGGGUAUUUGGUCUUCCCCCACAUGUGCCAGUUUAUAUCACAUUUUCUGAUGCAUUGGAGGUGAUUGAGGGAGACAGGAUGUUGAAUAUUUCCAUCAUUCAGCUGUGGUGCAUGUAAGUUAGUCAAUUUGGUCUUUGAUAUUACUUUUAUUUACAUUCUUAUAUAGUUUCUAACGACUUAACUUUGUUGUUUUAGGUACAUGGACACAAUCGUUGUAGACCAAGGUCGGUCUUCCAUGUACGGAUUUGUUGAACCUCAGACCAUUCAACCGUCUGGUAACACACUUCAAAACAGACAACAUUAUUUGCAAACAUGGAUGGAUGAGUCCAAAAGAGACAUAUACCUUGUGCCAUACAUUGACGGGUCUCACUGGCAGCUGAUGGUUAUCAUUCCCAAACAAUGUAAAAUUAUAUGGUUUUGUUCGUUGCACAGGAAGAUGAAAAAUGACUUGAGAACCAUGCUUCAAGGAGUUAUUGGUAAAUCUCGUGGUCAAUUGGUUCAAAUUUUGUAUCCAAAGUGUAACCAGCAGGUAGAUUCAUGGGAAUGUGGCUUCUAUGUGAUGUGUUGGAUUAAGACCAUCAUUCGAGCUGUCAUUACAGAUGACUGGAAUGAGCGCUUCAAGACUACAUCGCCUAUUACAGAGGACACAAUUAACCAGAUAAGGCAGGAGUGGACCGCUUAUCUUCUACAAAGAUGGAGUUAGGAAUAGUUAUAUUUCUUCUUGAUUGAACAUUGUUUGGUUUUAGUUUUAUUUUUAUGUUAAUAGUUUGGUAGUGGAUUGAACAUUAAGUAGAAUUUUGUUUAUAUAAAACGCAUAUUUAUGU